AUGAGUGAUCACGAGAGCGACAGCGACGCAUGCUCACAGGAGAUACCCAACCCUGGAGUUGGCGUGAAAUGGAUAUACUACCGUCGGCGCGAUGAGCUGGAAGCAUUGGCGCAAGAAUUUAAAUUCUCAGUCGAAGGCAAGGUCGAGGACAUGCGGAAGGCGUUCGCAUCUCUAAUUGCCAAAAGUAGGCUUGGAAGGAAAGUCUGGGCUCGACUUGCCGAAUUAGAGAUGAUAUACACGCGGCCACGCACUCCACAACCCGACGCGCAAGCCACCACCUCGGGCUUGAGCCAACAGUUUUUGCACGCCCCGCCGGUUACUCUACCCAAGACGGAAGCACGUACGACGUCUCACGUCCCGGUGCUGUCCUCUACCCCCGCCACGUCAAGCCUACACAGGCCAAUUCCCCCGGCACUCGUCAGCGAAUCCCAGCCGAACCCGAUCACCGCCAACCCAAGCCCUUGGCCAUACGGCACUCACCUGGAUCGAAUUAGGAAAUGGGGAAUCCAAUUCGACGGCCAGGGUGACCCGUUGGCUUUCGUCGAGGCAUUGGAGGAACGGGCUCAGGCAUACGGGAUCUCGGUCGAUGCAUUGCCAAGGAGUAUGGCCGAAGGCUUGGUGGAUCGUGCCGCGCGUUGGUUCCGAACCAGUGGGCUGAGCGCAGUCCCUUGGUCGGAGUUCCGUAAGGAAUUUCUCGCGUUUUUCUUGCCCACGCGGUAUUUUGAACGAUUAGAAGAUACCAUCCGUGAGCGUAAACAGCGAGAAAACGAAUCCUUCAAGGAUUUCGUGACGGAAAUUCGGUUCCUCAUGCACCAUGCUGACUACAGCACGACGCGAGAGUUGGACCGAAUCUAUGACAACGCCCGCCCCGAAUACCAGUACUACGCCCGCCGACACGAGGUCACAAGUCUGCCCCAACUGAUCCAGUUGGCCACGGAGUUCGAAUACAUACAGGAUCGAAUCCAGCCACGGACCUCACUGGCGACGGCGACUGCCAUUUCACCCCCGGCACCGGCCCGCCGCGAGGCAUACCCGCCAACACAGACUCCACCGACGUGGCAUAACCCGUUCCGAGGACAGGCCCCGUCAACCACCAGUUCGGAACACUCCCACAGGACAACCUUCAGUGCCGGAUGUAGCCCGGGUUUGCCGACGAUGCGCGCAACCAGGACAUGUACAGGCAGCAUGCCAGAAUCCUGCCGUGAUGUUCUGUUGGGACUGCGGCAAACGAGACAUACGCACGAUCCAUUGUUGUCGGAACAACGGGACGGGAAACGGUCAUCGCCCUCUACCCCGGCGGGAGGAGUAGAGGACGAUAGACACCACGACCCGCCAGUAAUCCCCACGAUGCAUCUAACCGGUGGGAGAAUCGUGGCCAAGAUCCAGAUCGAAGGCCUGCCCACCGAGGGAACUGUGGAUACCGGUGCCACCACGAGUUUCAUCAACGAAGAAUUGGCCGCACGACUUAGCACCCCCGAGAACACAUGGGCUAGGGAUUCGCGAAUUCGUCUCGCUGACGGCUCCGUUCGGGAGGUCACGAAGACGCUCACAGCGCGUGUCCGACUGGAGAAUCGAGAAGUUCGCGUAGCCUUCUUAGUCCUGCCACAUAUCCUUGAGCCCGUGAUACUGGGCCUGGAUUUCCUCUGUUCCAUAGAGACAACGAUUUGCUGCGGCACAGCCCAGAUUCGUUUAGAGACCUCGUUAGCACCAAUGAAAACACCUUUGUGCCAUCAAGCUUCACACCCCGGGCCUACCCUGGCGACACCCUCCCCUCCAGUUCCCCGGAAACGAACAUGCGUAGAAGCAGUUCAAAUGCCCCGACCGACUCCGAGACCCCGUCCCCGGCUUACAAGGCACAACCCUGCUGCUCCAAUUCCGCUCCCGGUCACCUUGUCCAGUGUCACUCCUGCCGUCCCAGACACAAGGGGACCGAGUGUCUAUGACACGACCCAUCUCCAGGACUUUCGACUUCAAACGUCCUCUCCAGCCCUCGAGAUGGGGUCCGACACAGACGAACAAGGACCUUCCCCAUGGCCUGCAGACAUUGCGCCAAACAUUCAAGGAUUCCUACAAGAGGAACUCCCCAAGUUUGACGGGAUGACCGGAGUAACAUCAAUCGCGGAACACAUUAUAACGCUGCGCGACGAGCGACCUAUCAAACAGCGUUAUUUUCCUAAGAACCCAGCCAUGCGAAGGAUCAUCGACGAACAGGUAGAUCAAUUGCUGGAGGAUGGGCUAAUCGAGCCUUCCUACAGUCCCCACAGUGCCCCAAUCGUACUAGUGAAAAAGAAGAAUGGACAAUGGCGGAUGUGCGUGGACUACCGACAGCUCAAUGAGCGAUCAGUUCCUGAUGCAUACCCCCUUCCGAGGAUUACCUACAUCCUGGAACGCCUACGACACGCGAAAUUCAUAUCUACGCUGGACCUUAAGAACGGCUACUGGCAGAUACCGAUGGCUACGGGAAGUCGAGAGGCCACCGCUUUCACCGUACCAGGACGCGGCCUGUAUCAAUGGCGAGUGAUGCCAUUUGGACUACAUUCGGCCCCGGCGACAUUCCAGCGUACCUUGGACUCCGUGAUCGGAGUCGACAUGGAACCUUUCGCCUUCGCAUACUUGGACGAUAUUGUGGUGGUCGGGAACUCCCUAGAGGAACACACAAAGCACCUUAGAGAAGUGUUCAAAAGGCUCCGGCGGGCGAACCUACGGAUAAACCACGAAAAAUGUGCAUUCUUCCAGCGAAAAAUAACCUACUUAGGACAUGUGAUCAGUGAGGAGGGGAUUCACACGGAUCCUAGCAAGGUGGCAGCUGUCCGCGAGUUAACUCCCCCGUCGAACCUGAAAGAAUUACGCCAGUGUAUCGGCAUGGCGUCUUGGUACCGCCGAUUUGUCCCUAACUUUGCUACGGUGGUGCAACCCAUGUCACAACUCCUCAAAAAGGGGCGAAAGUGGACAUGGGGCGAAGAGCAGCAAGUCGCGUUCAAUGAAUUAAAAGCUCUUUUGACCACCGCCCCUGUGCUAGCAUGCCCGGACUUCCACGUGCAGUUCGUGCUACAAACUGACGCUAGCAACGUAGGAAUCGGAGCAGUCCUGACCCAAGAAAUCGACGGUCAAGAGCGCGUGAUAUCUUAUGUUAGUCGACGGCUCAACAAAGCGGAGGAGAACUACUCCGCCACCGAGAAGGAAUGUCUCGCAGUGAUCUGGGCCAUCAGGAAACUUCGCUGCUAUCUGGAGGGCUAUCGAUUCGAGGUCGUCACCGACCAUCUGGCACUCAAGUGGUUGAAUUCACUAGAAUCACCACAUGGACGUGUGGCACGUUGGGCUUUAGAGCUGCAACAAUACCAAUACGACGUGCGAUAUCGACCCGGAAAGCAGAACGUAGUCGCCGACGCUCUUUCCCGACAACCCCUUACCAGGCUGGCUAUGUUAAAGGAGGAGGCCCAACCUUGUUCGUGGCUAUCCCGGCGCAUACGACAGGUGAGUGAGGAACCACAACGCUACCCGGAUUAUACCAUCAGGGACGGGCAACUGUUCCGGCACAUCGUGCAUCGGUCCGAUGACUUCGACGACGUGACGUGGAAGUUGUGCGUACCCCGGGCCAUGCGACCUCGCGUUCUUCACGAGUGUCAUGACCAACCAGCUGCCGGCCACUUAGGAGUACGUAAGACUAUUCUUCGAAUUAGUCAGCGGUACUACUGGCCAGGUAUGCAUCGGGACGUCAAGAAACACGUCCGGCAAUGCCUGAGCUGUCAAAAAUUCAAGACAUCACAGCAGAAGCCUGCUGGACCCAUGCAUACCCGGCCCGCAGAAGAACCCUUCGCCGUCAUUGGAGCUGAUUUCGUCGGCCCACUUCCUCGUUCCAAACAAGUACAUGGAAUCUAUCGACCUCACCUGUUCUUCUCCGCCACGCGACUACGCUGGCGAUGCACCCCCAAUGACGCCGGAUCGUGCGGAGCAGCGCUAUUCCUCGUACCCGCAUCCUCAGGGUAAGUCGCCUGAAAGGGGGGAGUCAUUAUACACCCCGUGGGACAAGGAUGACCCGUUCUACUUGGCUGGCCUACCAGCCAGAUACGACUUCACCAGCGAGGGGGAAUCGGAGGAGAGGCCA